UUCUAGCUGUAGGAAUCUCAGGAGUGAUGGACAGCAGGAGAGAGACCCCGGAGACCUUGAGGAACAAAUGCGCAGCAUGCUUCAGGCAGUACAACAGGAUGGAACACCUGGUGGAGCACAUGAAGGUCUCCUACCACUCCGUCCACGAGCCCAAGUGCAGCGUCUGCAAGAAGCACUGCCGCUCGUUCGAGUCACUCAGGGAGCAUCUCAUCGGGCCAUUGCCGAAGGUCGAGUGCGCGCGAGUGUUCAGCGUCCGCGGCUGCAGCAUCUGCCUCAACAUCUUCGACAGCAACACUGCCGUCAGAUACCACCGUGCUGCCUGCCAAUACUCUCGUGCUGCUCCGAUGCCCAGGGGUGGCAUAAGUGGUCGUGCAGUUGCUCUAGCUUGUAAAAUGGUAGGAGGAGGGAGUGACGGCUCUGUGGACCUUUGUGCAAGGGUGUGCCUCAUUGGAGAAGAUGAGAACAUCAUCUUUCAGACCUAUGUGAAGCCUACAGCUCCUGUUACAAAUUACAGAUACGAAGUGACUGGGAUAAGGCCGAAGUACUUGAUGGACGCAAUGCCACUGAAGCUUGUGCAGAGGAGGAUCCAGGGCAUCCUCUGCAACGGGGAGCCGCUGUGGAAGUUACGCCCAAGGAGUUCUGGAAGGGCAAGAAUUCUUGUUGGCCAUGGCCUGGAUCAUGAUCUUGAGGGCCUAGAGUUGGAGUACCCGGCAUUCAUGAUCAGGGACACUGCAAACUACCCACCACUGAUGAAAACUAGCAAGCUGAGUAACUCCCUAAAGUACCUCACACAAGCAUAUCUUGGGUAUGUGAUGCCUUUUCUUUCUUUCUUUUGUGAUCUUCCCUUUAUUUUUUUAAUAAAUCUAACGCAGUACGAUAUCCAAACCGGUAUUCAGGAUCUUUACGAGGACUCUGUGGCAGCAAUGAGGUUAUACAUCCGGAUGAGAUCACAAGCUUACUCGAGAGACUACGCCUCCGGUUCGGGCGAGGUGCAGAACAACUACCCAGCCUGGAGGCAGAGGGAGCUGGAGAGGAUGAGCCCAGAAAAACUCCUGGCACUUUCAGCAUCAGACUACUACUGCUGGUGCCUGGAUUCCUGAAUUGAUCGGUCAAAGCGAAUAAGGCAAGGCCAACAUUGUUGGUUCAUUCA